CGAAUAAUGAAUAGCAAUUAUUUGACAUUAUAAAAAUAGGCUCAUUACCCACAACCAAGGACACUCCCAUUCUUUCUCCCUUCCCAUUUUUCUUCCUCCGCUGCCACCGCCAUGGCCGUCGCCGCCGCCGCGCUGAUGAUACCCACCGCCGUGGCGAUCGUGUUUCUGCUUCUCAGUCCAACCGGUUGCAUUGCUCUUAUUUCUUCCAACGAUACUUCUAAUACCAUAAAACACCUAGUGGGAGACAAAGAUCUCGACUCGGAAUUUUUGAUGGAGUCACACCUCAGUCGGAUUCUAGCGAGCAACUCGCAAAACUUCCAAACCAGCUCCACAAACAAUGCGAAUCGCGCCGCCGUCGAUUGUAGCCGGCAGCCACGCUACGACAGCUGCCUCGGCCAGAAAAAUGGUGUGCCGCCGCCGGAAAACUGCGCCACCUACAAUCGCGUAUGUCCGACAUAAAGAUUACUUAAUGUGGGUUGCCGGCGGUGAUCGGUGAUCGGAGAUCGGAGAUCGGCCGGCAGCUUAAUUAUGAUCCCAAAAUGAUCGAUCGUUCGGUGUAGAAUGCUCGAUCAAAUUUUAUGCUCUGUUUUCUGUUUAAUAUCCAAUCAAGUUUACUUUGUGUUGUGUCUAAAUUUUGGAUUUUUCUAUGAAAAUUAAUAUUAUUGUGUUCUAAAAAAGUUAUAUGUGGCGUGGAAAAUGGAAUGGUUUGUUGACUAUUUUACAUCAUUGGUUGAAAACU